AGACACUAAUUCACAGCAAAGAUUGCGGAGAAUGAAAUCCCAUCUGCAGUAUAUCCACCAAGACACCAUCUGGGGGGAUAGAGGAAGAAGUGCUGUGCCUGCAAACAACUGUAACAAAGGCUGUUGCUACUGUUCUAGCUAUAAUAUGCAUCAGCACAUGCAUAGAACACGUGAUCGUGCCGAGUGGUACAAAGACAUCAGUAUAAAUAUAGGAGAAAAAUCAAACAGCAUUUCAGGAAUAAGAAAAAUUACACUUAAAUCCCUUAAAUAAAUAAGGGAAGAAACCACCUUGUCUCCUAGAUAAAUGUAGCAGGACUGAUAUUGAGCCACAAUGGCAGCUGUAGUCUCGGAUAGUCCUCCAAACCCAAGCUGCAAAAUUAUGACUUUUAGGCCUUCAAUGGAUGAAUUCAGGGAGUUCAACAAAUACUUAGCAUACAUGGAAUCAAAAGGUGCUCAUCGUGCUGGACUUGCAAAGGUGAUCCCACCCAAGGAGUGGAAGCCGAGAAAACAUUACAACGACAUUGAUGAUUUAGUGAUUCCAGCUCCAAUUCAGCAGAUGGUCACUGGUCAGUCAGGGCUUUUCACUCAAUACAACAUUCAGAAAAAGCCAAUGACUGUGAAAGAGUUCAGGCAACUGGCCAACAGUGACAAAUACUGCACUCCAAGGUAUAUAGAUUAUGAAGAUCUGGAGCGUAAAUACUGGAAGAAUUUAACCUUUGUGGCACCGAUCUAUGGAGCAGAUAUCAAUGGGAGCAUUUAUGAUGAAGAUAUUGAUGAAUGGAAUAUUGCCCAUCUCAAUACAAUAUUGGACGUUGUGGGUGAAGACUGUGGAAUUUCUAUUGAGGGUGUAAAUACCCCCUAUCUCUAUUUUGGCAUGUGGAAAACAACAUUCGCAUGGCACACUGAAGAUAUGGAUCUCUACAGUAUUAAUUAUCUCCACUUUGGAGAGCCGAAGUCAUGGUAUGCUAUCCCUCCAGAACAUGGAAAACGUCUUGAAAGACUAGCUCAAGGCUUCUUCCCAAGCAGCUCUCAAGGGUGUGAUGCUUUUCUUCGCCACAAGAUGACACUGAUUUCUCCCUCAAUAUUGAAAAAAUAUGGAAUUCCUUUUGACAAGAUCACACAGGAGGCAGGGGAAUUUAUGAUAACCUUCCCAUAUGGAUACCAUGCGGGAUUUAACCAUGGUUUCAACUGCGCAGAAUCAACAAACUUUGCCACAAUCAGAUGGAUUGAUUAUGGAAAAGUAGCUAAAUUGUGCACCUGCAGGAACGACAUGGUAACAAUAUCCAUGGAUAUCUUUGUAAGGAAGUUUCAACCAGACAGAUAUCAACUGUGGAAACAAGGAAAGGAUUUAUAUACCAUUGAUCACAUGAAACCCACGCCUGAAACAACACCUGAGGUAAAGGCCUGGUUGCAGAGAAGAAGGAAAACAAAGAAACCUCCCAAAUGCUUCCAGCAUACCAGAUCUCGAUCUAAAAAGCUUAAAACUCCAGAGGACGAGAGAGAAUCAGCUAUGAUCGUUGGUGCAGAAAUCAUAGCCACUGAAGCAGCUACAGAUGGCUUCAAGGUCAAUGAAAAGCCAGAAGAAAAAGUGAAGCUGGUAAAUUCAGAAGUGCCUUCUGGGGAAGAGAAAAACAUUAGCAGAAUGCAGCUGGAUCAGCAUUUAUUGGAUAAUAUUGAGGUCUCAGGGAACAUGUGUUCAAACUCACUUUUCAGCCCUACUCCUGUAAUGCAGAAAAUAAAAACAGAAGAUGAGGACAAGGAAGAUUCCAGUAUUGCUUCCUUUACACCUAAGGAUUCUACACUCCCGAGACCCACAUCUAUCAUUUGUAUAAAUGAAGAAGACAAUUCUUUAAAAUCUCAGAAUCAGGCUUUCCGGGUUGAAUCAUGCCAAAAGUCACCUGGAUAUGCUUCCUUUGAAUCAGAGUGCCUGGAAAAAGGGGAAACGAAUAGCGUGUCCACAGAGGAUGAUGUCAGCGACCUAGAAAGCAGUGAAAGUAGUGAAAGUGGUUUGGAACCUGGAGAAAUACCUGCCUUAGCAGAAAUUGAAAGAAAGAAAACAUGUAAGAGUUGGCGUCAUCCACUAAGUAAACCCCCAGCCAGAUCUCCUAUGACACUGGUUAAACAGCAGGCAGUAAGUGAUGAAGUAAAGAAAAAAAAAUUCUUCCUCCCUGAGACAAAUAUGAUAGAGCAUCAAGUAUGUAUUUGCAAAGAACUGCUUGAGAUUCCCUUAAUCGAAGAGGAAGUGCAAGAAACAGAGUCAUGGGCCAAGCCUCUUGUCCACCUUUGGCAGAAAAGAGCGCACAAUUUCAUUGCUGAAAAAGAAUAUAAUGCAGCUGCAGCCAAAAUGGAACCCCAUUGUGCCAUUUGCACUCUCCUUAUGCCCUACUACAAGCCAGACAACCAUAAUGAAGAAAAUUAUACUUGCUGGGAAACAAAAUCAGAUGAGACAUUUACGGCUGGUGAAAAGACUAAACCACUUAUUCCAGAGAUGUGUUUUAUUUAUAGCGAAGAAAACACUGAAAACUAUCCAUCAAAUGCCUUUAUUGAAGAGGAUGGAACAAGUCUUCUAAUAUCCUGUGCAAAGUGUUGUGUACAGGUUCAUGCAAGUUGUUACGGUGUUCCUUCUCACGAAGUCCAUGAUGGAUGGCUGUGUUCUCGAUGCAAAAAAGGAGCUUGGACAGCUGAAUGUUGUCUCUGCAAUUUGAGAGGUGGUGCACUCAAGCAAACUACUGACAAGAAGUGGGCACAUGUGAUGUGUGCAAUCGCAAUUCCAGAAGUAAGAUUUGGUAAUGUCACAGAGAGGACACCAGUAGACACUAGCAGAAUACCUUUGCAGAGAUUAAAAUUGGCCGCAGCAUGGAUAUCUGAUAAAGUGAAGUACUCCACAUCUGCCGAUGUGGACGGAGUACUCCACAUCUGCAGAUUUCUCCACUGCCUUUCACAUGGGGACCCUAAAACUUUUCUUCGUAUAAAUGAGAAAUGUAUCUUCUGCAGACAGAGAAUGAAGAAAUUUUCCGGUGCCUGCAUACAGUGUUCUUAUGGGCGUUGUCCAGCUUCCUUCCAUGUUACCUGUGCUCAUGCUGCAGGGGUGCUGAUGGAGCCUGAUGACUGGCCUUAUGUUGUCUACAUCACAUGUUUCAGACACAAGAUCAAUCAGAAUGUGAGAACUAAAGCAUGUGAGAAGGCCAUCACAGUGGGGCAGACUGUCAUCACAAAACACAGGAACACACGAUAUUAUAGUUGCAGAGUGAUAGGAGUGACAUCUCAAGUCUUCUAUGAAGUCAUGUUUGAUGAUGGCUCCUUCAGUCGGGACACUUUCCCUGAAGAUAUUGUAAGCAGAGACUGCCGGAAGCUAGGUCCACCUGCAGAGGGAGAGGUGGUCCAAGUGAAGUGGCCUGAUGGAAAACUGUAUGGGGCAAAAUAUCUGGGAGCAAAUGUAGCUCACAUGUAUCAGGUUGAGUUUGAAGAUGGUUCUCAGAUAGCAAUGAAGAGGGAAGAGAUCUACACAUUAGAUGAAGAACUGCCUAAACGAGUGAAAGCCCGUUUCUCGACAGCCUCCGACAUGAGGUUUGAAGACACAUUUUAUGGAGCAGAUAUUAUCCAGGGAGAAAAGAAGAGACAGAGAGUAUUGAGUUCCCGGUUUAAGAAUGAAUAUGUGGAUGACCCUGGGUACCGUACCUUUUUGAAAAGCUCAUUCCAGAAGAAAUGCCAGAAGGGACUAUAAAGGAAGCAGCAAAGGAAUAAACCCAUACACACUACAGGGAAGUAAACAGAUUAAAUUUUGGUGGAAAACAUACAGAAUUCACCGGUGCUUGGUUUGAAGAUUGUAUCCCUUCAUUACAUUAAAUCACUUUUGGCUAAAAUAAAUACUCUGAGUUUUUCAGUGAAUUUACCAGUAAACAUUUAAAACAAUCCCCUACAAUUAUCCAUGUCAAUUUCAAAUUGCUCCAGAUUUGGUUUUUCUUGUUAAUAUAUUAAAGGCUGUGUAUUAAUUUUGCAUCACGGAGUGGAGGAAACUGAGAUUAAGAGACACUGCAAAAUGAUAUGCCAAAGAAAACUUGGAAUACAGUCCCACAUCCAUUAAAGUCGGUGGUAAAACUCCCAUUGACUUCUGUGAGAAAAGCAUCAGCUCCUAGGAACAUCUUAAUAUAUGGCAUCCAAUAAAGAUGACAAAAAUUCUCACCACAAUAUCUGCCCCAUCACACUGGAAAACCAUAAAGUUUUAAUAACAAGAUAGGAUUACAAUGGCUUGUAUAUUUUCCACAGCCAGGGAAGGACAUUCAAUUUUUUGUUUUAAAAAUAGGAGUUUUUAUAAAACAUUUUGAAAACAAAUGCAAGCAUGUAUAGUAUUAAGACCUAUAAAUGCUGUACUUGCAUACUUUGUACAGUGCUUUUUACCUUUUUAUAUCACUACUGCUGUCAGUAGGGUUUGAUGAAGACUCAGUGUGACUUAGAUAUUUUUUGGCUUCUAAGGAAGAAAAUCUUCAGAAUAGCAAGGGGAGUUUGUAUAUUUAAAGAGGGAGAUUUUGGCAAUUAUUUUUAAAACAUGUUUUUCAUAAUACUUAUUAAAAUAGCUGUUUGUAAAAUAAAAAGUAUUUCAUUAUGUGUUUGUAAAAUUAGAGUUUAAGUAUAUAUGCUUAACAAGAUAGUUUUGAACUAAUAUAAUAUGGUCUUCCUUUUUAAAUAAUAGUUGGCAAUGUAAUAGUGUUUAAAAAUAAAUAAAUGACCUUUUGCUUACUA